CGGUACGUGUGCACACUAGUAUGAUUUGCUCCAUGAGCGCUUGAGCUCACGAUACUUCUUAAUAUACUUAGGCCUCGGAAAAAAAAGUGAUGUCAACAGCAAAUUGCCUUCAAAAAUAGUUAAUGUUACGCAAACGCGACUCCAAGUCCCGGCUAAGUUUGAAGGAAAAACUCGUCCACGAGCUCAAGCUCAAACGCCCUGUGACGCGAGCGCCGUCAGAGAAAUGGAUCCAGUCACUGGCAGGCAUGAAGAAUGGCCGCGAGCCGAGCCGAACUGGAAUUCGGGAUCUUCUCGCAUCCGGGUAACACAAUGGAAUGGGGGUUAUAAGCCCAACUGGGCAUAUAAAGGACUGCACUGAACUGGUUCCUAGACCCAUCAGUCUAGUACCCCCAACGAUGUUCAUCCAGGGUAUUCUAAACUGGUUGACCCUAGCGUCUCUGACGUUCAUUUCACAUAAACAUGAAGACGAAGACCCUCUCAAGAGACUCGGAAACUUGACUCCGUACCGUGUAGCUCCUGCUUCUCAUAAAGUCAAGGCAGAGUUACCUAAUGAUUGCAGUGUCGAUCGAGUGAUGCUUAUGCACAGACAUGGCUCACGUGGACCUGCUGGCGCCGAAGAGAUGGACUUGAUUAACUCCCUCGUCCAAACGCUGAGAAAUGGUCGUGAUGCUCUCCAGGAUGCUUAUCUCCCUGAGAACCUUCGUUUCCUCCAGACUGGGAAGGGAUAUGAAUCACAUCUGGACCCAGAAAACCUGACCAUCAUCGGGCGUCAGCAGCUCUUCAACCAUGGUGUGGAAUUCGUGUUGAAAUAUCCGAACUUCACUACGGAAACAUUACUAUCCAGCACUACGCAAAGAGUGAUUGAUUCUAUGUACUUUUUUGCUCAGGGACGUUUUGGUCGCGAAGUCGAGGACAAGGAUUUCCUUACAGUCGAUGAUGUACCCGGUCCAGUGUCUUGGAUCACUCCUUGGACUUCGUGCCCUGGCAUCGACUGGCACUAUGCAUCAAAGGUGGGAAAUGAGUGGAGCAACGCGUACCUCCCUAGCAUCACAAAGCGCUUGAAUGACCUCCUUCCUUAUGGCGUUUCCUUGACUGAUGACGACACGCACGGAGCUUUGUAUGCAUGUGCAUAUGACAUAGCCGCAGGGGAAGUCUCACCAUGGUGCGAUGUUUUCUAUGCGGAUGAACUUGCAGAUUUUGAGUAUGAAAUGGAUCUCAUUAUGGUCGCAAGUGUCGGAUACCUGGUGCCCAAUGAUGCUGGACGUGUCAUGGGAAGCGUCUUUGUUAAUGAACUAAUCAAUAGAUUCUCCAACACUAGUGGGGAAGCCCAGUCCCUCUAUCUCGAAUUCGGACAUGAUGCUACUAUCAUGGCUGCAAUGGCUGCAAUGGAUCUCAAUAGAGACGAACCCCCACUGUCUUCAGAAGAACUACGUCAACACCGAAGGUUCCGAACAUCAUAUCAAACUCCCUUCGCCGCCCAAAUGAUCUGGGAAAGUUUUACUUGUAAAGAGUCAUUCGAUGGACCACAAAUUCGACUGGUACUUAACGAAGAGACAUAUCCCUUGCGGACUUGCGCAGAAACCAAGCAAGAUCGUCGAUUUGGGACUUGCUCACUGGAUGCAUUUAUAAGAGCCAACCAAUUCAGCACCGACAUCGAGUUCGGUGAUGAUACGUGGCAAGCGGCCUGUGGUGCCCACUCAGAAGUUUUGAAUGUUCAAGGAUAGUUACUCAAGGUAUAAACGUACCGGUCCUUGAAUCACCAAUAGCCUUUGGAACAAUUGCUCCGGUGAUUUUCUGCUUUGUGUAACAAUGACAUCAUUUUUCACCUU